AUGGCAAAAGACCACCAGAGACUGUCUGAGAGCAAACAAUCACUGCACAAGCUCAGGUCACCACAGCCUGAGCUUAGGACAUCACGGAAGUCCAGAAAGAAACUUCAAGUUAUUAUCUGUGUGUUGCUGGUAGAGUUGUGUGAAAGAUUCACGUUCUUUGGGAUUGUGUGCAACAUGAUCCUGUUCUGCACUGUGAAGUUGGGGUAUGACAACUACCUGGCUGCUUUCAUCAACCUGAUGUUUGUGGGAGCCACCACACUGACGCCAGUCCUGGUGGGAUGGUUUGCUGAAACAUACUUAGGAAGGACAAAAGUCCUCUACCUGUGUGCGUUCCUUCAUUUCUUUGGCACAGCCAUGCUUCCUGUGGUGGCAUUUCCAUUUGAAGAUUUCUACAUAGACACUCAUCACAUCACUCACCAGAUAGAGCCUCGGGAGCAGCAGAUUCUCUUUUACACUGGUUUGCUGGCGGCAGCAUUGGGCAUUGGUGGUAUCAGGGCUAUACUCUGUCCUAUGGGAGCCUACAGCCUGCAGGGUUACAACCAGCACCAGCUUCUGUCCUUCUUCAACUGGUUCUACUGGCUGGUCAAUCUGAAUUCCACCGUAGUGUUCCUUGGCAUAGCUUAUAUUCAACAGUCUGUGGCAAAAAAUCUGGGAUUUCUCAUCCCAUUCACUUCUGUGUUACUGGCUCUUAUGGCCAUAAACAUGGUGCGCAACAAAUUUACCUACAAGCCAAAGAAAGGGGGGUCUCUGCUGACCACUCUGGGAGUGUUCCUAAACUCCUUGAGGAUGUGCUGCAUCCACUAUCGCCAUAUAAGCGGAGAGGUCACAUCUUGGCUGGAUCGGGCUAAAGAGAACAACGGGGGCCGAUACAGCGAGACACAUGUGGAGAAUGUCAAAGUCUUAGCACGGCUCUUCCCUCUUUAUGGUCUUCAGCUGUUCUACAGAGUCUGCAUUACACAAAUUCCUUCAGGUUACUACAUCCAAACCAUGAAUUCAAACCUUCACAUGGGAGACUUUCUCUUGCCCAUUGGUGUCAUGAACGUCAUCAGCAUCCUCCCUCUGUUGUUGCUGGCUCCACUGAUGGAGUUGGUCACGUCCUGCUUCCUCUCCACAGGAAAACCUCCUAUGGCUCCCAUCAGGGUCAUCACUUUGGGCCAUGUUCUUGCAGCCCUCUCUCUGCUGCUGGCAGGUUUCUGUGAACUUCAGAGAAAGACUUACCCACUGGUGGAGCAAACUCUCUCUGGAAAAGUCUUGCAGGUCUCUUCAAUGCCUUGCUACUACCUGGCGCCCCAGUACAUCCUACUUGGUAUUGCCGAAGCUCUUGUGACACCUACAUGCUCAUUUAUAUCCUUCCAGUUGACUCCCAGUCAUAUCAGAGGGAUCUCGCUGCACUUUCUCACACUGUCCUAUGGAGGGGGCUGUUUUCUUGGUGCAUUCAUAGUUAUGUUUUUAUACCUGAUCUCUGGAGGUAAUUUCUAUCCAAAUGUACUGCACGAAGGAAAUCUAGAACGUUUCUUUUUUCUGCUGGCCAUACUUUUGGCUGUGAACACUCUUGUACUUUGGCGUAUGUCCUACAGGUACCUUGACCUGUCUGUGCAGGGUAAAGCAGUAGGUGUUAGCCCUGUGACGGAGAAACUGCUGCAGUAUAAAGCCUGUCUUCAGUUCUACAACACAAUCGAACUCUCCUACAUAAACAACUCGGUUCAGUCAAUGUUAUGA